ACCUGACCUGACUAGGUUGGGGCAUUGGCUUAAGCUGGUAGGAGACUUGGACCUGCCUCGCAUGGGCCAGUAGGCCUACUGCAGUGUUCUUUCUUUCUUAUCUUCUUAAAUACAAUAUACAAACAAAAAUUAUUCAUAAUGGCAAGAUGGCAGGGAGACACUGCGAUUCUUCCAAAUACAUCUUUUUCUUCUGGGCCCUUGAAUCUUCCUCGUGGACUUGAUGUGCUCUCUAAUAUUCCAAUAGCAACGUUUAGGCCAUGGUUCCCAACACCUGCCUGCCAGGAUAUUAUACUCCUUGCAGAAUUUUCGGAAAUAGAGGGGCCUAUACCACUUGUAACAAUACCGCAGUCACCUUCACUACAACUGGAUCUUAAUGAAUUUGUUGUAAAAGUUUUCUCUACUGACUAUUUGAAUACAAGUGGCGAGUUUCGUGUUUAUGAGGACACCCAGAUGGUACAGCAGGAUAUAAACCCUGGUGUCCAUGUGUAUAUACAUUAUUUCACCUUGUAUGAUGUACGUGCUAGAGGCUUUGUUCGACCAAUGUGCCUUUCAUACAUUUCCUCAGAUUCAAGGAAGCUUCUGUAUUAUUUCUCACAGCUUAGACAGCACUUCAUUGUGGCAACUGAAUAUUUGAAGCUAAGUAAUCUUGAAUGGUUUUCCAAAGAAAUGAGAGGACUCGUCAGAGACUUGGAAUAUACAAAGGAUCGAUAUAUACAAGUUCAGAGAAAUGUAUUAGACAACUCUGAAAGUAAUCCUCCAGAUACACAAACAUGUGGACAUACAGAUAAAUUAAAGGAAGACGGUGAAGAUUUGAUGAGUGAAGAUCAAGUAUUUUACAGAAUGCAGAGUCACAUCCCAAAAUAUGACUCAAGAAGCACUAAAAUGCAUGAGGCUGUUCGACUGCAUGACUCAUCUGAAAAUUUAAAGGGAGAAAAUACUAAACCUUGUGAUUCAGAGGAUGACUUUAUUAGGAACCACACUAAGUUAGUUGUGUAGUGCUCCAUGCAGUGAAUGUAUAUAUUUUUAUUAUUGCUGUUUUGAUUGAAAGUUUUACAUAUUCCGAACACUUUGCCUUGGUUAUUCUAACAUUAGGUCAGUGUUAAUAAUGUACUGUAAUCAUAUAAAAAGUGUGACACCUUGUUAAAUAACUUCACUGACAUGAAAUUUUCAAAAUUUUGAAAGCCAUAUUUCAUGCCUACUUGUCCAUUGUAGACUUUAUAAGGCUGGUAAGGCUGUUUGUAGGAAUCUAAUGUGAAUCUGGUGGGUAUAUGGUUAAUACAUUAUUGCAAGUUGUUUUAUUAUUUCUUAAUCUCAUUAAUUUUGAUACUUUGCAUGUAGUCAAUAUUUCAUUUAAACUCAGAGUAAUUACAGUACAAAUGUGUGAAACAACUAUCUUUUGCUCUGCUGUCUUCUAUAAAAAACAACUUGUUUGCAAAUGGGAGGGCGCCCUCCUGUAUAUUAUUUUUUCAUGUGUGUGUGUGUACAAUAUUUUUAUGUCUGGGUUUGACAUAUUAAAUGAAUCCUCAAAUAUUGACUUGUUUGGCACAAAUUCGUAGUGUUUUGUUUAAUUUUCAACAGUGAAAAACAGUUAAAUUACAUUACUUCCUCAUUAUUUGGCAUCUUUUUAUUAGAAUCCAUUUAAAUCAACCCAGUACCUGUGCAUUGAUUAUGUUAAAAAUUCACAUUACAUCAGUCCCAAAUUACACUCAACCCCCACUUCAGGAGU